GUUCAGUGCGACUUCAUCUACACUUUUGUAGUCGUCGAAGCCGCGCCUCUGCAUCGUUCUCCGCUCGUGCUCGAAGACGGCGGCCUCCUCCGACAGUGUAGCGUCGACUUUGAGAGGAUCAUCCUGGGGGAGCUGGCGGUGUUGUUUGAGGACAUGGUCGGCACAUGGGAAGGGGUGAUGGAGCAAAUAGAGGAUGUUCCGGACGACACACCCAGUCUUACUCUUUUCUCCGAUGGCGAUUUGGAAAAUUUUGGUGGAUCAAGACCCGAAAAUUCCUCUUCUCCCCGAAACGCGGCUUUGGGCAGCAACCUUGAAGAUGCAUCUGAUGCCAGCGAAGAUCAGCAACGGAACUUGGCGGAUGCUGCUUUGGUUGUGCCGACGACGACAAGAAGUUCUAGCACGAACAAUACCGGAGGAAGAAUAGACGGCCUGCAGCCCGUAGGACUGGACUCUAGCAAUACAGCAGGAGGUGGUGAACUGCAACCCGUAGACUG